AACUAACCGACAGUUUGCAAAACAUUUGUCCAGGGGUGGGAGAAAACACACGGGCGUCCUUGUGAGCGCACACAGCAUGGCGCUACUAACUGAAGAGAGUCAGGGGUAUUUAACCAAAAACUCAACAGGAAACGGUGUGGAAGAAGCCGACAAUGUAUUCGCUAACAUGUACGGCUCCGGACUUGAUAAUCCACUAGCAGCCUGUGACAUGGAGCAGUGCAGUCAGACAGCUGCUGCUCCUCUGGAGGAGUUGUUAGACACAGACAGCCGUGUGGGCGACAGUUGCUCCUCUUCUGCCUGCGCCACAAUCUCAGAAACAGCCAGGGAGCUGUGCAAAGCUGUUUCCGUGUCUCUUGGGCUGGCCAUGGAGUCCGCUGACACAGCCGACAUGGACACUGUUCUCCACCCGUGUGCGAAUGACCAAAUGCGAGGAGAGUAUUUGUUCGGAUCCCUGCCUCUGAACUGUCCCGGAGCUCCGGGUACCGUGACCGAGUACACGUGCCCCAAUGACCGGCUCUCUCAACACGGCCACAAGCAACUGGUGGAAAUGUUCAAAAGUUCAGAAACUGACGCGCGCCUGCAACACCUCACCUCCACUCGGACAUCUGCGGAGGAGCAAAACUUCGCACUGUGCGAGGCUGAUGACAUAACUUCAGAGGAGAUAGAUCAUCUGGACACAACGAGUGCUGUCUCUUGCCCUUAUGCCACAAAUGCGCCAAACAAUUUGGCACACUUCGGACAAGCAGCCGUGGAGCGACAGUGCCGAGGCUACAAGCCCACCGACGAGGAGAGAGACUUCGGGGAAGCUAUGGAGAAAAAGUUCGGGGGUUAUCAGCCGGAACAAUACAGAGUCAAAGUGAAAUGUGAGGAAGGGGAAGCUGGCCGGGCACAUUGGGACAGUAAUUACACCUCUAAUGAGAGGUACAACUCGCAGUGUUGGGGCUCCAGGCAGUGCAUGAACGCGCACAGCACAGGGGCCAACACCGCGUUUAUAUGUAAUCCAUACGAGAGGAGCGCCGUGCGUCCCGAGCAGUGGUACCCGGGCGGGAUGCUGAGGCCGCCGUAUCCCAACUCCAACUACAUGAAGCCGGAAGUCGGUGAGUGGCUGGAUGUCGCCUACAAUGACACGAGGUUUGAGUCUGCCAGAGAGCACAUGUUCCCCAUGGAGUUCUUCUUCCCGCCACAGAGGACGUGCCUCAUCUGUUCAGAUGAGGCAUCUGGCUGCCAUUACGGUGCACUCACCUGUGGCAGCUGCAAGGUCUUCUUCAAAAGAGCUGCAGAAGGCAAACAGAAAUACCUGUGCGCCAGCAAAAACGACUGCACCAUCGAUAAGCUCAGAAGAAAGAACUGUCCGUCCUGUCGGCUGAAGAAGUGUUUCGAAGCUGGGAUGACUCUCGGAGCACGUAAACUUAAGAAGAUUGGACAACAGAAAAACCCAGAAGAGGAUCACCCUAUUCAGGAACAUUCAGAGGUCAUCCAGAACCCCUCUCCUACUUCAGGCCUGAACUACAACUCCCAAAUGGUCUUCCUCAACAUCCUGGAGUCCAUUGAACCCGAGGUGGUGAACGCAGGGCACGACUACGGCCAGCCAGACUCCGCUGCCACCCUGCUCACCAGCCUCAACGAGCUUGGAGAAAGACAACUGGUCAAAGUGGUCAAAUGGGCAAAAGGGUUGCCAGGUUUUAGAAAUCUCCACGUUGAUGACCAGAUGACUGUCAUUCAACAUUCGUGGAUGGGGGUGAUGGUGUUUGCCCUGGGAUGGAGGUCCUAUAAGAACGUCAACGGCAGGAUGCUUUACUUCGCCCCGGAUCUCGUGUUCAAUGAAAAUCGGAUGCACAUUUCCACCAUGUAUGAGCACUGCAUACGGAUGAGACAUCUCUCACAGGAGUUGCUGCUGCUGCAGAUCACUCACGAGGAGUUCCUCUGCAUGAAGGCCUUGCUCCUCUUCAGCAUCCUUCCUGUUGAGGGUCUGAAGAGUCAGAAGUACUUUGAUGAGUUGCGUCUCACCUACAUCAACGAGCUUGAUCGCCUCAUUAAUUAUGGGAUGGCACACAAUCGUCCUCAGAGGUUCUACCAGCUCACCCGACUUCUGGACUCUCUCCAGAUGACGGUAAAGAAGCUCCAUCAGUUUACAUUCGACCUUUUUGUCCAGGCUCAGUCCCUCCACACAAAGGUCAGCUUUCCAGAGAUGAUCGGAGAAAUAAUCUCAGUCCACGUACCAAAGAUCCUGGCAGGUUUGGCUAAACCGAUCUUGUUUCACCAGUAGAAGGAUUUUUGAAUUUAUCAAAAAAGUGACUCGUCUUUGCUGCCUGUGUAAACCCUAACGAAGGUACUGUUUCCCCACACCCCAAGUUUAAUCGCUCUUAGCCCUGUCAUGUAAUCAUUAUUUUGUUGCUCAUGUUUUUUUGUUCCUUUUAGCCAUAAUUGUGAUUGUUUGUUCAGAACUGUUAAAGCUUUUAUCUGAAGCGCUGCGAGUCCUCACCUGUAGACAGCUCUGCUUUUCCUGAGUCUGUGUUUUCAACCUGAGCAGAGCUGUUACUUUACAUAAGUUUGUGUAUCAUGAUUACAGCACACUAAAAGUAGCAGGGUUAAAAACUUGUUUUGCAUAUGACAUUAAAACACUUGACAAGGUAUUAACUUUACUAAAAGAACAAGAGAUGGCACAAAAAGCAGAUGAUAAUUGGAUCACGGAAACAAAACAAAACUUACAGCCCUUUAAUGUUCCAAAAUCUGUGCUCAAAAUCGCACCCCGACAUACAAUUCCUGUCAAAUUAAGUGUAUGUUUUCAGAGUAUGUAGAUGUUGUGUACGUGAGAAAUACCCUUAUGUGCCGUAAAUAAGCAAGAAUUUGUGAGGUUAAUUUUGCUGGGCAUCCCAAAAUGCAUUGCGGCUCUUUUAAACUGUUCAUUAACAGGCGGCGAUGUAGACGGUUAAAAUAAAUAAGCAUGAGCAAAAUAUUUUUGAAAAAGCACAUAAAUACUCAUAUAUUAACCUAAAUGAAAUAUCAAAAUAUUUAAAUUGCCUUCAAAUAAUACUGGAAAAUAUUAAAUUGUAUGGAUUUUUAUUCAACUGUAGCCUGGGCCGUCACACCGAAAAAACUGAAAUGUUGACUUGAAUAAUAAGUUUAAAUAAAAAAGUAUUAGGUUCAACUUAACAUUAUUGCUUUCAACUAACCUAAUACAGUUAUGUAAAAUGUGUUUAAUACACUUACUUAAAGUCAACUUUUCAGUUUUUUCAGUGCACUUGUUGAUUGAUGCACUUAUUUGAUGCAGAAAAGAAUAAUUUAUUUAAUUAACUACAGUGGGAACAAUCCGCUGGUGCUGGCAUAUCUUAUUGUUUUUUUUGGCAAACACUAUGCACGAUAUAGUGAUUGAGUAUGUAGCAUGCAGUAAGUAGGUUUGUGGUUUUGAACAGCCCUAAUGCUGCCUUCAGGAGCAUUUACUAAGUUCCUGCUUAUAAAUAUGAAAGUUGUUACAAUUUGGUGGGUUGUAAGUAUGUUGGCCUAUUAGGACUACUUAGGUAAAAAGAGGUACAUUACGAGCUGGGGGAGUGGGAAAUACAAAGAGAAAACCUUAAAAGUUCCAGAAACUAAAGUAAUACAUUUAUGCGAAAAAAUAAAUAAAAUGGUUUUAGAAUAAUUAAAGUGAUGAUAAGAAAUGAUUUUAUAUUGUGUAAUAAUUAUACAGUCAUACAUUUGCUAGAUGUUGUUCUGCAUCAGGAUGUACACCAUAAUGGACAAAUGAAAGAUGUUGCCAUGUUCCAUUAUGUUGCUGCUCCUCACUAACUAAGGUCGAUGGAACUGACAGUAUGUGGUACCCAAACCAAUUUUAAUUUUCGUAAAUAUGUGACUUUACAAAUAUCAGAGAAUAUCCAAGGCUUUUUUUAUCUGAAUAUUACCAUUUCCCAUGGCUCAGUAAUGUAUUUAUUUUUACCCUUCAAAGGCCCUAAUACGCCAUCGUUUUUUAGAGCUAAAGUGCCUUACACUCAGAAAUAAAGACUGUUAUCAAGCUUUCUAAUGAAUGGCCAAAAUCCACUGCUGAGACAAUCAAAGAUAUGGAAGUCAAUCAUUACAAAACAAACUUGAUGUCCUUAAUCAUACUUUGUGUCAAAUGUAUCUUAAAUAUGAUAUUGUCCUGCAGUGAGAAUGUACAGAAGUCGAUAAAUUAAAGAGAAUACAUAUGAAACAACAUGUGUUAUUACCUCCAAACAUAAAGAAACCAUGUUUGAAUUCUAAUCAUAAACUAAACUAAGCUAAGCAAGAUAUUUAGUUACAUUCUGGUAACAUUUGUAUUUUAUUUUAUGCGUGGUAUUUACCCAUGCAUUAAUAAAAUACGUGUUCUGUAUGAUUAUAGCUAUAAGUACUCAUAAAUAUAACAACUUAUACAACACAGAAGGAUAUAUCAUUCCAGCUAUGAGACCUGAGUUACACUGCGUGCUUACUGUCGCUGCACCUAAAAGCUUUUCUCAUCACACUGGCAGCAGCUGUUUAGAGCUGUUUCUUGAUGUUAAAGCAUUAACUUAUAAAUAUGUAUUGGGUAAACUUGUUCUGGUGGACACUUGGCAUGAGUGAAAUUAGAGAAAAAUUAUACUGUAAGCUGCUUUGAAACUUUAAUCCUCCUCUGCAAAGCUACAAAAAUUAACCAUGCCACAAAGAAAUCCCCCUUUGUUAGUUCUAAUUGUGCAUUAAAUAAGUAUCAAACCUCCUUAUGCAGAUACUUUAAAGCUUGUUAAGGCAAAGCUUACCCUUGAGGAUUCAUUGGUAAAACUAAAGUUGUGUUCACUCAGUAAGCGCUGCACAUUACAAAGAUAACUAUCCCUAACUAACAACAAGGUGUUGACACAUUCUGCUGUGUGUGUUGCAGCAGCAGAGACUGGCUCACACACAAUGAGAAGUUGAUUCAAAGUGCCUGGGAUCUUAGAUUAGUGCGGUAUUUUUCCAACAGGACAACAAAUAGUAACGUGCAGCCAAAGUAGAACUGGAAGGGCUUCUGAUGCAGAAUCUGAAAAGUCCUUGAAUAGCCCUGCCAAACCUUAGAGUUCAGAACAAAGGGGGGGAAAAAAUCAGUGGAAUGCCUUGAAGAUAACUCAUCAAAGACACUUGAUUUAAACAGUUGAAAACUAAUGAAGCCGAAUUCAAUCAUCAGUUUUUGUUUUUUAUUUAAAGAACGCAAAUUGAGCUGGUUAAACAAGUCACUUUGUACAUAUACCUUUGCCUGCUUGCUGAAUGACACUGAAAUAGUAUAUCGUCAGUAAAUGAACCACACGUGUAGCAGAUUAGCGUAUUUAUCACAAUCCAGAACAAACACAAUUUAAAAAUCACUUCUGUUUCACAUCCUGCAGCUCUGCUUUAUACUGUAAAUGCAACAGUUAUUAAAAAAGUCCACAUUUCUUUCAAUAGCUUGUAGAUGCAUGCAUUGUGUGUUUGUAGAACUGUGUUCAUCAUUUUUAGCUUUACACAAAGCAAUGCAUGGACAUCCAAGGAAAUCUCUCCUGUAUAUUCUAUUAUCAUUCAAUGCAUGGACCAUCUGUCAGGAAGCAUGAUGCCAUCUUGUUGUACAGUAACAAGCUGACCGUAACAGUCAGCUUCAGUGUUUUGUAUUAGACCCAUUCAUAAACUUGGCUGUGCGUCAAAAGUACUCUUCUUCAUCUGCGAGUCAAUACCUUCAUCUUGUCUUUUUAUACAAUACUUGCUAAAUGAAAAUGAAUGUGGAGGUUGACAAAUCCGGGUGAUCCAUGAUCCUGGACCCUCUCAACUUAAACAAAUGUGUCUUCUGUUAUUUAAGGGAGCAGUCAUGGAGUGUGAUAUUGAACAUACAGAAAUCCCAUUAAAACAUGUUCUGUAUAUCAUAUAUAAAUCCAAACAUGCAAAAGAACUGGAAAACUACUCAUCCUGUGUUAACCUAGAAAACGGUUCAAUACUCUGUUUUUUUAUGCAUGAAACAAACCAAGGGUAACACUGGGUGAGUAAUUGAUAAACAAAUGGUCAUUUUCUUGGCAAUAUUCCUUUAAGUAACAACAUCAUGUUAAAGUUUCGAUUAAAUUGAACUAUCCAGAAAUCUUGUCACAAUUACCUAAUGCACUAUAUUGUAAGACUGUUGUUGCAGAUAACAUUUUGUUAUCCUUGAAAUGAACACUGGUUUUAAAUAAUGUUGUAUUCUUUUUAAUUUUAUUUGAAGGCAGUUGCUCUGUACAUUUUGAAUACUAAUAUGGUUCAGUCACAGUAGGCUACAGUGUUUGUAUAAUGUGGAUGGACAAUAGCUGGUACACCAUGUGCCCAAUGUACUGCAUAUUAACCUGGUCCUUUGUACAUGCUAGCGUAACUGUUUAAUGUCUGUUUUGGUGUCCCAGCACUUAACUUUUAAAGACAUCUCUUGUAUGAUUUAUACCUUUUGUGAUUUUGUGUUUUUCAAUAUGUGUUUUUAUCAAAGGUGUAAAGCUGCAUUGUCUUUUAAAGACAAUUAAAAUAAUUCUGACUCUUUGUUUGAUGUCAUUGUACUUGAUAUAAAGCAGAUAUUAAGUACAGAUGCAAAAAAGAAAUGUCAAUUAAACUCAGGCUUAGGUCAAGAA